AUGAAUGCAGCAUCGUUUCCAACUAGUUUGUCAUCCAUGGUCUCUAAUGUUCCCAUUCUCACUGAAACCAACUUCUCAGAAUGGAAAGAGAAAGUUGAGUUCACAUUGGGAAUACUAGACUUGGAUUUGGCCCUUCGUCAGAAGGAUGCACAACCACUUACCGAGGAUAGUACUGGGGAUGAAAAUGAUUUCCAUAAAGCAUGGGAGAAAGCGAACAGAUUGAGCAUUAUGUUCUUAAGGAUGAAAAUUGCUAGCAACAUCAAAACUUCCCUUCCAGUUGCAGAAAAAACUAGUGCUUAUCUAACAGCUAUUGAAGAACGGUUUAAGAUUGCAGAUAAAUCCCUUCCUGAGAAACUUAUGGCAGAUCUUAUAACCAUAAAGUAUGAUGGCACAAGGUCUAUGCAUGAUCAUUGCAUUGAAAUGACCAACCUUGCAGCUAAGCUAAAGCAUUUGGGAAUGAGUGUGGAUGAUUCAUUUCUUUUCCAAUUUAUCCCGAAUUAUUUGCUUCCUCAGUAUGGACCAUUUCAGAUCAAUUACAAUGCCAUCGAAGAAAAAUUGAUGUCUAAUGAAUUGGCCAAUAAAUUGGUCCAAGAGGAGUCUAAGCUUGGUCGUGGAGGUAUUAAGGUUGCCCACUAUGUCCAAGGAGCUGGAUUAAAGCUGGGAAAAGGCAUCAUCAAAUGA